CACCCAAUCUAACUUAUCUAACCUCUCGCAAAUGCUCGUUUCACGACGUAAUAACAAACGUAGACCUCGCAAAAGUAAUAAAAGAUGACGAAAAAGUUCGAAUACAAGCUAAAGUGCGCGUUAAUUAUUCAGUAAAAAAAAAAAAAUAAAACUUCUACGCAAAGAACAAUUGUAACAUUUACAUUUAUUUAGCAAAGUAUCGGCGACCUGACAAAUAGAUUCAAAAAUAAAUUUUUGCUAGUGUCUAUGUUACAAUGGUGCUUUUGACACAGAUUUUAAACGGUGUCAAAAAGAUACCUAGAAAAUAUUUACGCUCUUCGUUCAUCGACAGACUGCACCUUCAUGUCAGAGGAGGAACGGGAGGAUCUGGUUUACCUCGAUAUGGAGGAAUAGGAGGCGCUGGAGGUAAUGUCUAUGUGGUUGCGCAAGAAAAACUGACACUUACGGAUACUGCUAAGAAAUUGAAGACCAAGCGAGUCAAAGCGGAAAUGGGAGGUGAUAGUUCAGCAAAAGGAAUUAUAGGCAUAUCUGGCGAAGACGAGAUCAUUCCCGUUCCAGUCGGAGUUACGGUCUACAAUCAGAAUGGGGUGAAGUUAGGAGAGUUGGACAAGGAAGAUUCCAAACUGUUGGUGGCUAAAGGUGGCACAGGCGGUUGCGAGGACACAGGCUACAACGGACUGAAGGGUGAAACUCAGACGAUAACUCUGGACUUGAAAUUGAUCGCGGACGUCGGUCUGGUCGGUUUUCCCAAUGCUGGCAAGAGCACAUUUCUGGCCGCCGUUUCAAAUGCCAAACCCAAAAUCGCCAAUUAUCCAUUUACGACCAUAAGACCCAAAUUGGGAAUUAUGACCUAUUCGGACUAUAGAAAGAUUAGCGUCGCCGAUUUGCCAGGCCUGAUCGAGGGCGCGCACAAGAAUAUCGGAAUGGGCCACAACUUUCUGAAGCACAUCGAGAGAACGAAAUUGCUUCUGUUCAUUGUGGACGUGCAAGGUUUCCAAUUGUUGGUCAAUCGCAAUUAUCGAUCCUGCUUGGAAACCGUGGUCUUGCUGAACAAGGAGAUCGAGCUCUACAAGCCAGAUCUGUUGGAAAGGCCGGCUAUGCUAAUAAUUAACAAAAUGGACACCGCUAACGCUGACAACAUAUUCAAGGAAAUCAGGCCGAUGUUAAAGGAUUUGCCCGGUUUCGUGUCGAAUUGUCCGAAAGACAUGCAGCCCGAGCAAAUCGUGCGGUUCGACGAUAUUCUGACGGUGUCUUUAAAAACAAACAAUAAAAACGAGAUAAACGCAAUCAAGGAUAGAAUACGAGCUAUCUUGGACAGGUACGAGGAACAGCAAUAUUUCGCCGAAUACGGCGAAGGACUGGAUUUACAAUUGAAAGACAGACUGAAGCAGCGGUUCGAGGAGCACGCGCCGAUUGUUGUGUAAACUUGUUGUAUAUAAAAUAAA